UGGGAUCUGCAGCUACGAAGGGGAGGGUGGCAUGUGUUCCAUCCGGCUCAGCGAACCUCUUUUAAAGUUGAGGCCCCGGAGGGAUCUUGUGGAGACUCUCUUGCAUGAAAUGAUACAUGCCUAUUUAUUUGUCACUAAUAAUGAUAAAGACCGGGAAGGGCAUGGUCCAGAGUUUUGUAAACAUAUGCACCGCAUCAACCGCCUGACUGGAGCCAAUAUAACGGUGUAUCAUACCUUUCAUGAUGAGGUGGAUGAGUAUCGGCGGCACUGGUGGCGUUGUGAUGGACCAUGCCAGUACAAACCACCAUAUCAUGGCUAUGUCAAACGUGCUACCAACAGGGCACCCUCUGCUCAUGACUAUUGGUGGGCUGAGCACCAGAAAACCUGUGGAGGUACUUACAUAAAAAUCAAGGAACCAGAGAACUACUCAAAGAAAGGCAAAGGAAAGACAAAAUUAGGAGAGCACCCAGGAUCAACUGUAGAGAAUAAAGAUAAACCCAACAGAGGUGGGACACAGCUGUUAAUCCCUUUUAGUGGGAAAGGAUAUGUUCUAGGGGAAAGAAGCAGUUUACCUUCAUCUGGGAAAGUGAUCAUCUCACAUGCCAUUGAUAAGACCUCAGAUCUUUUAAGUCAAAACCAUUCAGCAAAUGCUUUAAGAUCUAAUUCUCAAAAUGAGGUGAAAUUUGAACAGAACAGUUCAAAUAAAAAAACUUCACAUCUAGUCUCUCCUGUUCUUAGUACUGGUCACCAAAAUGUUUUAAGCAACUACUUUCCUAAAGUAUCAGUUGCCAACCAAAAGGCUUUCAGGAUUGUGAAUGGAUCUCCGAGGGAAAGUAUAACAGUUGGUGGCAUUACUAAAAACUCCAUCUCUUCUAGUUCUCAAAGCAGGGUUACAUCGUCGAGGGUGUCCAUAAGAAAUUCUUUAAGAACAGGGGAAUCAACAUCUGUGACUCCCUCCCAGGACGCGAGUGAAUCUGAAGAUGCGUUCCCAAAUAAGCGACCCAGGCUAGAAGGCAAGACUGUUUCCGACAACUUCUUUGUCAAGAAAAAGCAAAUGCAGAGUGGUGAUAAUGACCCAAAGAAUAGUUCGUGUCCUGCAACCACUGUUCAGAAUUUCAACAGUUCAUCCAGCCAGAGCAAAAUGGUUAGUUGCCCGGUUUGCCAGGAUGAAGUUUUGGAAUCUCAGAUUAAUGAACACUUGGACUGGUGCCUUCAAGAUGAGAGCCUCAAAGUCAGAAGCUGAAAAAAAAAAUCUUUGAAAAGUGAAUGAGUCCCAUGUACCUGUGUUACCUCUCUGAUGUGCUGUGUCAACCUGUCAGGAAGUUCUGUUUAAUUCUGAGAUUUGUAGGUUAUAAUCUAGCUCACACAACCAAUACAAAGUGUUUUAUUUCAUAUGCACAUAUAUAGGAUUCUAAUGAAAGACUUUGUGUCUCAAGGUGCUUAUAUUCACUCUUGCCUUAUGUAUAUACCGUAGCCCAGGGUUUUUUCUGCUUAUAUAAAUGUAUACUUUUUAGAUACUUCUUUCUUUUUAAAUCUGUGGUUAAAGGUUUUAAAAUCUAUUAAUCUUUUUAUUUGUAUACAUUCCUAAAAAUAUUUGUAUGAAGAAUCCUGUCAGCUAUUUGGUUAAGUUGGAUAUCUCUUUGUUAAUAUUAUAACUGAUUCCCUUCAUAAUGGUUAACUGGUAAACCUUCAUAUUGUCAGACACUGAGCAAAAACCCAGUCUAGAGUACAAAGUUUAUGAGUUGUUUUAGGAUAUUCAGCGUUUUUUGCUUUUCUGGGUUUUGUUUUUUGUAAAAUCUCAACAGGAAAUAUAUUUUCUAUAUUUUAAAGAAUUCUAUUUCUCUGUUACCUUUACUAAAUGGUGGCAGUGGGUUUUAGAGAUUUUAGGUCAAAGUAGAUAUGGAAUAUAGUAAAAUACGUAAAUUUCCUUUGGAAUAUUACUAGUAACAAAUGGCCCUGUGAUUCUGCAGGCCAAAUUUUGAAUUGAAUUUAGCUGUUUUCUUAAAUUUAGCAAAGUGAGUGGUUACAAUUCAGUGUGAUCAGUAACUUUAACAAAGUAUAACAUAACAAAGUGGCCUAGCUUAUAUAACAGUGGAACGUUCUCUGGAAACAAUAUUGUGAACCUUACACCAAAGUUGAAACCAUUGUAAUAAAAUUGUCAUUUGUGCAUAUUUUAAGAGAGAGAGAGAGAGAGAGAGUGUGUGUGUGUGUGUGUGUGUAAAUGUUUUCCAUGUUAUAUGGAAGGGACAAAGAUACUUUGAGUUUACUUUUAGUCUCAUGGCUGUACCUCCUGCAUUUGGCACAGUCCCAAGGACUAAGUUGUUGACAAAUUUACUUUUUUCCUAACUUCGUUGCAAUAUGGGUGACAGAUCUUAAGCGUACAGCUGGGUAACUUUUACAUAGUGUUCACCUGUGUAACUACUACCCAGGUCAAGUUAGAGAACAUUUCUGUUGCCACAAAAGGCUUUCUAUCAGUGCCUGUUCUCACUUGAUACCCACCAGCCUCAUCACCCACCGAGUCACCACUAUUUUCACGUCUGUCAGCACAGAUCAGCCUGUUUUUGAACUUCAUAAAGUAGUAUCUUUGUUGCUGUGUGUAGCAGAGGUUUGUUUUAAUUGCUCCGUAGUAUCUGUAUGAAUAUACCAGAAUUCUUUUAUCCAUUCCAAUGUUAAUAAGCAUUUAAGUUAUUUCCAAUUUGGGGUUUUUAAGAAUAAUGCAGCUAAGGACAUUCUUAUUCAUUUCAGUUGGGUAUAUAUCCAGGAGUGGAGUUGCUGGGAUACAGGGUAUAUUUAUGUUUAGUUUUAGUAGAUACUGCCAGUUUACACUCAUACCAGCAAUGUCUAAGAGUUUUAGUUGUUCAUUCUUGACACUGUUACCAAUCUUUUUCAGGUUGGAUAUCUGGUUGGGUGUUUACAAAUUUUGAUAUUCGUUAAAGCAUGACAUUAAAUAAUAGCAUUCAAUAAAUAGUUAUAAUGGCUGUUAAAA